CGGCCCUAAGGAGUCAGGAGUCAGGACCAGCCCUAGCUAGCUAGUCCCCUUCUCCUCCUCCCUCCCCUCUCGGGGGCCGCCGCUUCCUCCAGGUCCGUUUCGUCUGCCUCGGCAGCUCAAAGACGGUCGUCUCACUCCUCCGGGCUACGGCCACAAGUUGCCAUUGCUCUCUCGCGGCCCUCCUCCUCUGAUUGAUUUCUUCUGUUGUUGAUUCGUAGGAGGGAACCAUGAUGGAGGUGGACACGAAUCCGGGGGAGGAGGAACUGGCCUUCGCGGGCACCCAGGACGACGACGACGAUGCGGGGGACAUCUCCCCCGGCAGCAAGGAGCUCGCGGCCUUGGUGGAGGCGGCGGCGGCGGCGGCGGAGAGCAUCGAUCUGGACGACGCCGGGGCCGCCGCGUCGCCGGUAACGCCGUACGGGGACGACCGGACGCCGCGGGACGGGCUGGUGUUCAAGUCCUACGAGGAGGUGCUCAACUUCUACAAGCGCUACGCGCUGCGCACAGGCUUCGGCGUCUGCGUCAAGAAGUCCUCCUUCACCAAGGCCGGCCUCUGCCGCCGCCUGGUGCUCGUCUGCAACAAGUGGGGGAACGGCAAGGAGGACGCCUGCUACCAGGCCAGGCCAACCGCCAAGACCAACUGCCAGGCCACCGUAGUCGCGAGGCUGUGGGGGGACGGCCUGCUGCACCUGACGGACGUGAAUCUUGAGCACAAUCACGCGCUGAAUCCAUCGGCGGCGCGAUUUCUGAGGUGUUACAAGACGCUGCCCAGUGGGAUGAGCAAAGAUCUCGUGGUGAGGGCUGCCAGAGGGGAGUGCUCGGGUUCCGGUGACAUAGAUGUCCCGAUAUUUGAUGACUGGGGGAGACUUAAGAUUGGGGAAGCGGAUGUUGUGGCCAUCAACGGUUUUUUCACCGAGAUGCAGACCAAGCUGCCAAACUCCUUCUAUGUCAUGGAUUUUUAUGUAGAGGGCCAUCUGAGGAGUGUCCUGUGGGCUGAUUCGAGAUCCAGGGCAGCGUAUCAGUACUUUAGCGAUGCUAUUUGGGUUGACACGACGUGCCUAAGAAACAAGUUUAAUAUCCCACUUGUUUCAUUUCUGGGUGUGAAUCACCAUGGUCAGCUUGUACUGUUAGGCUGUGGCUUGCUGUCGGAUGAGAGUACAGAGAGCUUCUUAUGGCUGUUCAAGUCAUGGUUAACUUGUAUGAAGGGAAGACCCCCAAAUGCCAUAGUUACUGAUGAAUGUGUGGCGAUAAAAGCUGCAGUUCGAGAAGUGUUUCCGAAGGCACGCCAUAGAAUAAGUGAUUGGCAUGUAGUAAGAAGUAUUUCAGAAAAAUUAGGGGAGUUCCCAGAAUAUGAAGCAAUGAGAACCGAAUUGGAGACUGUAAUAUAUGAUUCUUUGAAGGAUGAUGAGUUUGAGGCAAGGUGGAAGAACUGGACUGAUAGAUUUGGCCUUCAGGAUAAUGAAUGGAUCAUCUUUCUGUAUGAGAAUCGACAUUUGUGGGUCCCUGCCUAUCUUAAGGAUGCCUUCUGGGCUGGGUUGUGUACUGUUAACCAGCAAGAAAGUCCAAGUGCAUUCUUUGAGGAUUCAAUCAGCCCAGAGACCACAUUGGCGCCGUUCCUUGCGAGCUACAUGAUUCUUUUGGAGAACAAAUACAAAAUGGAGCAACAAGAUGACUUUGAGUCAUUAAAUAGCAGCAGGGUCCUGAUAUCAAAGUUCCCAAUGGAAGAACAGCUAUCCAAAUUGUACACCUUAAAUAUGUUUAUAAAGUUCCAGGAUGAGCUAAAGGCAACCAUGCAUUGUCAAGUUCAGCUGGAUGGAUCGGCAUCUUCUUUUAUAGCUAUUGAUUUGGCUGAAGCAGCCAGUGAAACGCUGAAUAAAAAGUACGAGGUUGUUCACUGUAUGGCGACCAACAGGAUGGAGUGUAACUGUGGUCUAUUUCAGUUUAGUGGCAUCAUUUGUCGGCAUGCAUUAUCUGUGCUUAAAUGGCAGCAAGUAUACGACAUCCUCCCUUGUUAUGUACUUAGCAGGUGGCGGAGUGACUUUAAGCAGUUGCAUGCCCUGGAUAAUCCAUCAAAGGAUUUGGCAACAAGUAAUCACGUUGAACGUUAUGAUUAUAUUUCUUUGCAGUGCCUCCGUCUUGUUGAGAUUGGAAUGGCAUCAGAUGAGAAGUAUCGGUAUGCAUUAAGACUCCUACAAGACAUGAAAGACACCCUUCUUGAUGAUAGUCUGUGCCGUGAUUUGGAGCAGAAACUUACACCAGCUGAACGUACGAUUGUGAAUGGUGACAACCAUGCACAACCUCGUUCAUCCGAGGGGGGUCCAACAAAAAAGCGCCGAGGCCGUCCUCCUAAAAAGAGUAAAGAGAUAAGCAUGGAUCCCAUGGACUCCUUAUUGGUAUCCUCCGAUGCAACUCAGAAGGGUGCUUUUCAUUCUUCUUCGACUGCCUCAAACCUUGGUACUCAUGUCAGGACACAUGGAGUUGUUGAUCUCAUGGAAGAUGUUAAUCCAAAUGAGAUAUCAUUCGACAGCCGUUAUGGCAUGCAAUCUGGUCACCCUCACCACUUUGGUAACCAGCUGCAUGCAGGAAACACUUUGCAGUUUGGCCAACCUACGUCAGCAGCCGAGCACUCUAGGGUCCAGUGGAUGUAUUCUAAUAUAUUCCCGGACGAUCAAGUGCCUUAUGGCAGACGGACAUCAUAGCAAUUGGAGGCAGGGUCAGGGGGUUGCCAUUUCAGAAUGUACAGGAAGCCGGGUCAAGAAUCCUUUGUCCGGGGCGCCUAAAAGUUGAGGCGUAUACACAAAGGCAGGAAGCCAAAUGGAGUUGCCCUCGGGAUGCAGUAGCUUCAUCUUACACAAGAGGCUUGGAAAACACAUGCUGUGACGUUCUGCUCAUGUGGAUACUUUUGUAGGAACGUAGCGUCGCUCAUUUUUACCGCAACUAACAUGUGUGUGUAUAUAUAUAUGUCAUCUUGAAAGAAAUAAUCACUUUUGCCUUGUUA